CGCCGAGUCUAGGUUCAAGCCAUUAGCGUGUGUGAGUGUGUUUGAGUGUGACUGUGUGUGCGUGUGUGUGUAUGAGUGAGUGCAGCCAGUGAAAAUCACCCGGAGCCGAGACCGGGACAGUUUUCGACCGGACCAAUGUGUGUGGCCUCCAAACGCGUCGCGUUCGCCCCAGCGGAAUCGUCUCAUGGACACGACAGCGGGUCGACGAUGAGGGAAUAAUCCGGAGGAAGACGCGCGGCCAGGGCUCGUCCGUAGCUAACGCUUUUUGUUGAGACCGCGAGUGGGAUCACAGCUGCUGGCUACGAAAAAAAUGUCGGGCAAAAUAGAGAGCAAGCAAGACUCGCAGCGGUCCCAUCUGUCCUCUUUCACCAUGAAACUGAUGGACAAGUUCCAUUCUCCCAAGAUCAAGAGGACUCCAUCCAAGAAGGGCAAACAACUGCAGCCCGAGCCAGCAGCCAAGAGCACUGAGAAACCUGCUAACAAGAAGGUCAGUCGGCUGGAGGAACAUGAGAAGGAGGUGGUCAGUGCCUUGCGCUACUUCAAGACUAUCGUGGACAAAAUGGUCGUUGAGAAGAAGGUGCUUGAGAUGCUGCCAGGCUCUGCCAGCAAGGUGCUCGAAGCCAUCCUGCCUCUGGUUCAGGUGGAGGCCCGGGUACAACACAGUUCGGCACUGUCUUCCUGCCAUAACCGCGUGUACCAGAGUCUGGCGAACCUCAUCCGUUGGGCAGACCAGGUGAUGCUGGAUGGCAUUGACCUAGAAGACAAGGAAAACGUGGCAUCUGUCACGAGUGUCAUCAAAGCAGUGCUGGAUGGUGUAAAGGAGUUGGUGAAGCUGACCAUAGAGAAACAGGAGCAGCCGUCACCCACCACACCCAACAAACCAGCGCCACCUACCACCACGGCAGAGAGCAGCGUGUCAUCGGAGAUGCCCUCGAUAGAUCGGGAGCCAGAGGUCUCCAAUAAGACCGCUACAGACGCUGUUCCCGCAGAGGCUGCCCCUGAGAUGCCAGAUGAGGACGUAGCCCCUCCAAAACCCCCCCUUCCUGAAGCAAAGAUGGCAGAGCUCAGAGCACAGUUGAGUGCUGACGCUGGCCAAAGGAGAUCCUCUCAGAAGGAGAAUCCUCCACCAGCUCUCCCCCCCAAGAAGCGCCAGUCAGCCCCCUCACCUACGCGAGUGGCCGUGGUUGCCCCUAUGAGCCGCGGCUCCAGCCUGCCCUGCAGUGUUCACAGACAGCAGCAGGACUACGAGCAGGAGUUCCUGCAGAGGCGUUUCUCUGGGGGGAGCCAGUCAUACGGGGGCGACUCUCCGCGCCUGUCUCCCUGCAGCAGCAUGGGGAAACUCAGCAAGUCGGAUGAACAGCUCUCCUCCAUGGAGCAGGACAGCGGUCAGUGUUCCCGUAACACCAGCUGUGAGACACUUGACAACACAGAGACUUACGAUCCAGAUUAUGACUUCCUCCACCAGGACUUGUCAGUUGGGGAAAAUCUGCCCCCUAUACCGGUGGGAGGAUGCCUGAGCCCCCUGCCUGAGUCUCACAGCGAGUCCUCUUCCCCGGUCCCUGGACAGCAUCCCUCGCAUCCCCGCUUCAGUGCUCCUCCACUGCAGCAAACACCAGAGUACUGGACCCCGCAGCCCAACCAAACAAAUCCCUUAGUUUCCUCCCGCAUCAGCGCACCGCCUGCCCUGCCCCAGAAGAAGCGGCGCAGCACCCAGACAUCGCCCUUCCCCGACGGAAGGAUGCUGUAUGAGCGUUACCCUUCCCAGUAUGACAAUUUGUCGGAAGAGGAGCUGCACCCCACACCGCCAUUCCCCCUUUUCACGCCCAUCUCACCCAUGCCCCAGACAAAUGGGGGCAUGUUCGUCGCUCAGUACAUAGCCAGCGAAAAUUCUGAUGUCCCCUCAAGCCCACCGCCACUCCCAGAAAAGAAAAGUAGACACAUCCUCCAGUACAUGCAGUUUGUGGAGGACUACUCUGAGCCGCAGCCCUCCGUGUUCUACCAGAUGCCACAGAGCGAGAGCAUCUACGAGCAGCGGAACAAGCGCUUCCAGGAGGUCUAUGGCUUCAACGACUCCUUCAGCAGCACCGACUCAGUCCAUGAGCCGCUGCUGCCCCCCGCAUUGCCACCGAAACAAAGACAACUGGCCUCCCACUCUUCUUCCCCCUCUUCCUCCUCCUCCUCUUCUCUCUCCUGCCACCUCCAGCCGUCUGUGGCGGCCAUGGAGGAGGCGGGCUCUGGGCUGGGCCUCAGCAUGUCCGUCUCUAACUCCUACCUGAUUGGCCAAGCAUCCUUGACCACACCCACGAGCUUGGACCAUAUUGCCUUGACCAAUGCCACCAUUCUGGAUGGCAGCGGGGGCGGGCCCAACGGUUCCCUGGCUGGCUCAAUGGGCUCUGUGGCUGUCUGUCUUCCUUCUGAGUCUUCUCUCACUGACUCUCUCCACACCUCAGCGAGCGAGAGCGCGAAUGACGAGGGCGGGGAGGGGGAGUACGUCAACUUGUACUCGUCCAGCCAGGCCAAUGGAGAGCUGCCUCUCUCCCUCAGAGAGACAAUCGCAGCCGACGAUAUGCUUCAAGACCCCGCCCCUGAGAUGCCAUCCACCAAUAGCAAAGAGGCUUUGGACAAGGAAAGGAGGCAGAAGUCAACAGAGUCAGCUGGAAGCGAUGAGGAAGAUGUGGACGAACUCUCCCUCAUAGACCACAAGGAGAUCAUGAGCAGGAUAACACUAAAACAAGAAACUGACGACGGCCCUGAUGUUCGUGCUGGAUCAGGAGAUAUUCUAUUAGUCCACGCUACAGAAACAGACCGCAAAGAUCUUGUUUUGUACUGUGAAGCCUUUCUGACUACAUAUAGGACUUUUAUAACCCCAGAGGACCUCAUUAAGAAGCUCCACUACAGAUACACCAGGUUCUGCCACAGUCCAGACACCUUCAAGAAGCGAGUCAGCAAGAACACGUUCUUCGUGCUGGUCCGUGUCGUGGAUGAGCUGUGCCUGGUGGAGCUGACAGAGGAUAUCCUGAAACAGCUGAUGGACCUGGUGUUCACACUGGUGUGCAAUGGCGAGCUGAGCCUCGCCCGCGUGCUACGCAAGAACAUCCUGGAUAAGGUGGAACAGAAGAAGCUGCUGCGCUACACUAACUCCCUAAAGCCCCUGGCCGCCCGAGGGGUCUCUGCAAGGCCUGGAACUCUUCAUGACUUCCGCAGCCAUGAAAUCGCCGAUCAGCUCACUCUUCUCGAUGCUGAACUCUUCUACAAGAUCGAGAUUCCCGAAGUUCUGCUUUGGGCCAAGGAGCAGAACGAGGAGAAGAGUCCGAACCUGACUCAGUUCACCGAGCACUUUAACAACAUGAGCUAUUGGGUCCGCUCUUUGAUAAUUCAGCAGGAGAAAGCCCAAGACAGAGAGAAGCUGCUCCUCAAGUUCAUCAAGAUAAUGAAGCACUUACGAAAGUUGAAUAAUUUCAACUCCUACCUGGCAAUACUGUCCGCCCUGGACUCGGCUCCCAUUCGGAGAUUGGAGUGGCAGAAACAGACCUCAGAGGGAUUGGAGGAAUAUUGCACGUUGAUCGACAGCUCCUCCUCCUUCAGAGCCUACAGAGCUGCUCUGGCUGAAGUGGAGCCUCCGUGUAUCCCCUACCUGGGUCUCAUCCUCCAGGACCUGACCUUCGUCCACCUGGGGAACCCUGACCUUAUUGAUGGAAAGGUCAACUUCUCCAAACGCUGGCAGCAGUUCAACAUACUGGACAGCAUGCGGCGCUUCCAGCAAGUGCAUUAUGAGCUGAAGCGCAAUGACGACAUCGUCUCGUUCUUCAACGACUUCAGUGACCACCUGGCGGAGGAGGCCCUGUGGGAGCUGUCGCUGAAGAUCAAACCCAGGAACAUCGCCAGGCGCAAGACGGACCGCGAGGAGAAGACCUAGGGCCCCUGAGGGCCGCCAAGACUGACCUCCAACUGUGCUCCAUGACACUAACUCCACUUUACUACAGACAGAGAGAGAGACAAAUGGAGGCUAUCCACUACAGCAAAUGGGAGACUUCAUGGGGGGGAGGGGGGGGGGGGGGGGGGGGGUGGCUGAAGAACAAACUACAGACUGAAGUGGGGCCCGGGGUUUUUGCAAAGAGCUCUGCUGCUCUGGGAGAUUAUAAUUGGGAUUACAGCGGCUCUGGCGUUUAAACAGGAAGACAUUGUGACUACGGUGAAACGGGACGAAGUCUGGUGCCAAGGAGGACAGAAGAAUCGCACAGAGCAGGCAGACGCUGAGGAAAUAACCAAAGUCCGCUCGCUGGGGCUCUCUUUUUUUCAGAGUGGAGCUGUUUGCACGUGUGUGCAAGAGUGAGCUGAAUGGUCUAUAACUCUCAAAGUUGCUCCUUCCUCUUCCUUUAUGUACGUGCCAUUUGCUGGUCAUCUUCUGCGAGGCCUCUCCCCGACGAGUUCCCCUCAAACGGCUGAACCUCGAGAGCGAAACCUGCCGUGAACUGCAACGUCAGCAUGCAGGGCCGCCGCCCGAGUCUCCGGGGGGAGGUGUGAGGGGAUCUGAGGAUUUGAACUUGACGAGAGGAUGGCCAUUAGAGACUGGAACCUACGAGUUUGUUUUGAAAUAUUUUGUGUAAGAAUCAUGUCUGGUUAUGAAAUGUAUUAUAUACAGUGCUCCUUUUGUUCUUGAAAAGGAUGUUUAUGCUUAUGAGAAGAGCUUAGCUUCUCCCCAAGUGCCAUACAUAUGUGCACUCAAAAAAAGAAAGCAAAGCAAAAACACAAAAAGAUAAAUUACUAAAGAUGCUGUGAUCUCUGUAUGUCACACUGAAUCAUUGUGUGCAGUGCUCCAAGUGUAAACAACCAUGAGGUGAUCACGGAUCCUGUCCCAGUCAUGUCAUUGUGUGAAAGUGUCUGUGUGUGUGACUGAAGUCCUCCGUGACCUGUGUGUUUGUCAUUUCAACAUGUGCUGUAGUGAAAAAAAUCAUUUUGAUUCCUUUUUGGGAUAAUGGACAAAACCCACACAUCACACUGUGCUCUCAAACUCCAAUAAAACCAACAGCUCUGUUUCUAUA